UACCAACAAUCUAGCUACAAUGGCUAUUCCGCUCCGCAACAGCAAGAGCCUGCAUAUGGCGCCGUCCCUCAAAUCCGCAAUCCUUUCGCACCGCCAGGUCAAAACAGUGCUCAGAGUUACCAAGAGGACCCUGAGAUGGCAGCACAAAUAGCGCAAUGGCAAUCGGCGUACGCAGGCAAGGAUUCACAGAGCUCUUCGGGAGGAUAUACAGGUGCGGUUCGACGAUAUCCACCCACGGGCGAAGGAACAGGAGCCGCAACUUCCGCUAAUGCCGCUCCGUUGGGUGGACGUGAUGGAUCAAGUAUGACCUCUGCAGCUAUGACAUCGGCAGCACAUAAUGAUACGGGUGUAGCAACUGUGGUCAGCGACGCUAAGACCAAUACCAAGACUGUUGUUCGAUCUGGAGGCGGAACAACCUGGACCGAUUCUUCUCUACUCGAAUGGGAUCCUGCACACUUUCGACUGUUCGUGGGUAACCUGGCUGGUGAGGUCACAGAUGAAUCGUUGCACAAGGCUUUUGCGAGAUGGCCAUCAGUUCAGAAGGCUCGUGUGAUUAGAGACAAGCGGACAACGAAGAGCAAGGGGUAUGGAUUCGUGAGUUUUAGUGACGGUGAUGAUUUCUUCCAGGCUGCAAGAGAGAUGCAGGGAAAGUAUAUUGGCAGUCACCCAGUUCUCUUGAGAAGAAGUACCACUGAGAUCAAGGCUGUCACGCCGAAGGAUAACAGGAACAAGAGCAAGCACAAAGGCAAGAGAGAUGAUAAGGAUAAGACGGGUGCAGGAGUUCAGAAAGCUGGAAGCAAGACCAAGGGAGGAUUGCGGGUGCUUGGUUGA